AUGGCUACUUCUGCAACAAUUUUAGGAAAACCAUCAAACAAAUCGCGAUUGCCAAUAACAUCUCUCAAUAAUCAACAUUCUUCCAACAAAACCUCUAAACCUUCGGGUAAAUCAUUUUUAGUAUUAUCAACUAUUAUUUUACUGUGCGUCGUUGGACUCGUAUCAUUUUUGAUAUUUCAUUUUUAUGGAAAUCGACAAAAUAAGGAUGAAUCAUUUUUGCAACACAAUAAUAGUGAUGAGUCCAUGAAUUCUGAAAUGAAUGAAUCUGAAAUAGAUCUAUCAACUGAAUAUAAUAUGCCAGUCAAGACACAACUGAAGUUAUCUAACAUAGAACCAAGUCGAAAAGGUGGACGUGUAUUUAGUCAACUAGAUCCAGAUGCAUAG